CCGACUUAGAAGUCCAUCUGAAAAUGAAAAUCUUCGUUCUUAUCGCCAUUAUUUCGCUGCUGGGCACCAGCGCUAACGGUCUCAGCAGUGGCUAUUUGCCACCUAAAGCCUCGUCUUCCAAUUCGUACAACACUUACGCGGCGCCGGCCUCUUAUGCUGCUCCGUCCGUAUCGCAUGGCAGCUUCGCAUCAGCACCAAGUUUCGGUAGCGCUGGUGCCGCUUCCGGCCAUCAUGCUUCCUACGCCACAGCUCCUUCGGUCAGCCAUGUUAACUAUGCUGCUCCUGCGCCAAGACCAGUAGUUCAUGCAGCGCCAGUUGCAGCUGCUUCGUAUUCAGCUCCUGUGUACUCAGCUCCUGCUCCAAGGCCAUUACUCCAUGGCGCGCCAGUAGCAGCUGCUUCAUACUCAGCUCCCGUAUACUCAGCUCCUGCUCCAAGGCCAGUAGUUCAUGCCGCGCCAGUUGCAGCUGCUUCGCACUCAGCUCCCGUGUACUCAGCUCCUGCUCCAAGGCCAGUAGUCCAUGCUGCGCCAGUUGCAGCUGCUUCGCACUCAGCUCCCGUGUACUCAGCUCCUGCUCCUAGACCAGUAGUCCAUGCCGCGCCAGUUGCUGCUGCUUCGCAUUCAGCUCCCGUGUACUCAGCUCCUGCUCCAAGGCCACAAGUAUUUGCCGCACCAGUUGCUGCUGCUUCGCAUUCAGCUCCCGUGUAUUCAGCUCCUGCUCCAAGGCCACAAGUAUUUGCCGCACCAGUUGCUGCUGCUUCGCAUUCAGCUCCCGUGUACUCGGCUCCUGCCCCAAGGCCACAAGUAUUUGCCGCUCCAGUUGCAGCGGCCUCACACGCUGUUCCUUCAUACUCAGCCCCAGCCCCAAGGCCAGUGGCUCCUUCGUAUUCCGCUCCUUCCGUUAGUUACGGUGGCAGUGGCGCUGCCUCCAAUAUUGGAUAUUCCUACUCAUCUCCAGCUGUCGCCGCUUCUGCUCCCCAAGUAGCUUACUCAGCACCAGCUCCAGCUCGUUCUUCGUUUGCUGCUCCCUCGAACAUUCAAGAAAUUGUAGCUGCUGGAUCUUCAAACUACGACACUAAGUAUGCUGCCAAUGGUGGUUAUGAAUACCGUUACAGACAAAGAAGACACUAAACUGAUUUUAUCGAUAAUACGAUGGUAUUCAGUAUUUUUUCUUUGAUGCUGUCUAAAGUCAGCACAAAAACGAUUGCACGAAAAAUAAAUAAAAGUGAAAUGAAGCAAUAGA